GACCGGGGUUUUAAUGCAUUUAAUCCAAAUAUAUAUAUAUAUAUAUAUAUAGAAUCAUUAAGGCUACAGUCAAUAGUAAAAAAAAAAAAUUCAAACUGCAUUAGGCAUGUUACCCCUACUGAGGCAUCUCGAUAACAACCCACCUGAAGUUCAAAUUACACUUCGUCUUCUUGUCUCUCUCCUCUCUCUCUCUCUCUCUCUCUCUCUCUGUGCAACUUCUCGUUGCAGUGAUGACGAUCACAGUCUAAGCAAGCCCAUGAAACUCUCAUUGCAUUGAAAUCAUGAACUCUAUAUCUGUUGAAGUUGGGCUCGUUUGUUUCCUUCUCUUCUUCAUUUCUCUCUCUUCUUCACUCAAUUCCGAUGGCCUCUCUCUUCUGGCACUUAAAGCCGCCAUAACCACCGACCCAACUCGCGUUCUCGACACCUGGUCCGACUCCGAUUCAACUCCGUGUCACUGGGCCGGAAUCGCCUGCGAUCGCGACCACCGAGUUACCGGUAUUUCUCUUUCCAACAAGAGCUUCACUGGGUACAUCCCAUCCGAACUAGGCUUACUCGUCUCUCUCCGACGACUCACUCUCUCUCACAACAACUUCUCCAAACUCAUCCCCUCCCGCCUCUUCAACGCCACCAAUCUUCUCUCUCUAGACCUCUCUCACAACGCUCUCGCCGGAUCCAUUCCGCACCAGAUAACCACCCUCCAAAUCCUAACCCACUUGGAUCUAUCCUCCAAUCUCCUCAAUGGGUCACUGCCGGAGGACCUCAGCAAUCUGACACAGCUCACCGGCACACUAAAUCUGUCCUACAACCAUUUCUCCGGCGAAGUCCCGCCGUCGUACGGACAGUUUCCGGUGAUGGUGAGCUUGGAUCUCCGGCACAACAACCUCACAGGAAAAAUACCACAGGUGGGCUCACUGCUGAAUCAGGGCCCCACUGCUUUCUCUGGAAACCCUAACCUCUGUGGGUUUCCGUUACAAACGCCAUGCGCAGACCCAGAAGCUCAAAACCCUAGACUUCAAUCGAACCCUGAGAACCCUAAAAACCCCAGCUUGAAUGGGUUUGGAGAGAGAGAGAAAGUGAAAAAUGGUUCGGUGGCGGUACCAUUGAUUUCGGGCGUUUCGGUGAUUGUCGGGGUCCUCUUUGUUUCGGUCUGGGUGUUUCGGAAAAAAUGGACAUCUGACGAGGGCAAAAUGGGAAAAGAGAAGCAGGAGGAGGAAGAAGUUAGCGAGGAGGGGCAAAAAGGUAAAUUCAUGGUGGUGGAUGAAGGGUUUGGGUUGGAAUUAGAGGAUUUGUUGAGGGCAUCGGCGUACGUGGUGGGGAAGAGCAAGAGUGGCAUUGUCUACAAGGUGGUCGUGGGGAAAGGAUCUGGUGUGGCGGGUACAGUUGUUGCUGUGAGGCGCUUGAGUGAGGGUGAUGGCACGUGGCGGUUCAAGGAGUUCGAAUCGGAGGUGGAGGCAAUCGGGAGGGUCCAGCAUCACAAUAUCGUGCGGCUGAGAGCUUAUUACUAUGCCAAUGAUGAGAAACUGCUGGUUUCUGAUUUCAUCCGCAAUGGAAGCUUGUACACUGCGCUACAUGGCGGGCCUGCCAAUAUUUUGCCAGCUUUAUCGUGGGCUUCAAGAUUGAAGAUUGCUCAAGGGACUGCAAGGGGUCUAAUGUACAUUCAUGAAUGCAGCCCUAGGAAAUUUAUUCACGGAAACAUAAAAUCAUCAAAAAUCCUUCUUGAUGAUGAUCUCCAGCCUUACGUAUCUGGUUUUGGACUCGGCCGUCUUGUCUCCUGCUCCUCUAAAUCCACCAAUGCUGCAUUCAAAAGACAAAACUCAAACCGUAGCAUAAUAAGUUCAAAGAGUUCAGCUCCCAUUAUCUACACAGCACCUGAAACUCGAGUUGCCAAUAGCCGGUUCACGCAAAAAUGUGAUGUGUACUCUUUUGGAAUCGUGCUUUUGGAGAUAUUAACCGGCCGACUGCCAGAUGCAGGACCAGAAAACGAUGGUAAGGGUUUAGAGAGCCUUGUGAGGAAGGUGUUUCGAGAGGAACGCCCCUUGUCUGAGAUUAUAGACCCAGGUCUUCUGCAUGAGGUACAUGCAAAGAAACAAGUUGUAGCAGCAUUUCAUAUCGCGCUUGACUGCACAGAACUAGACCCAGAGAUGCGGCCUAGGAUGAAGACGGUUUCUGAGAGUCUUGAUCGCCUUAGAUCUCAGUGAAUGUGUUGUAAAGCUUUCUAUGUUUUUGCUGACUUCUGAUAUGUUUGAAGGUGCUGCUAUUUUGCUUAUGAACAAUCAUUGGAUGUAGGGUUGGUCUAAUCACUAAUGCAGGUCUUUUUUGUACUAAUCAAUUUAUCUUUUGAGAUGUUCUCAUAGAGAGGAAGUAAUCUCAAGAUGUGUGUGAGUAAAUCUUUUGACCUAACAAGCAUAACAUGGCAUGUUUGC